CCGUCCUGGCGUUUGCCUGCAGCAAGAUGGCGGCGGUCUCAAUGUCAGAGGCGCUGAGGCAAAUGUUGUGGGGGAAAAGAGCAGUGGCUGUAGCGGCCAUUUCCGUUUCCAGGGCUCCUAUCAGGUCGUUAAGCACUUCCACAUGGAGGCUGGCACAGGACCAAGCUCAGGACACACAACUCAUAACAGUUGAUGAAAGAUUGGAUAUCACUACUUUAACUGGUGUUCCAGAAGAGCAUAUCAAAACUAGAAAAGUCAGGAUCUUUGUUCCUGCUCGCAAUAACAUGCAGUCUGGAGUAAAUAACACAAAGAAAUGGAAGAUGGAGUUUGAUACCAGGGAGCGAUGGGAAAAUCCUUUGAUGGGUUGGGCAUCAACGGCUGAUCCCUUGUCCAACAUGGUUCUAACCUUCAGUACUAAAGAAGAUGCAGCUGCCUUUGCAGAAAAAAAUGGGUGGAGCUAUGACAUUGAAGAGAGGAAGAUUCCAAAACCCAAGUCCAAGUCUUAUGGUGCAAAUUUUUCUUGGAACAAAAGAACAAGAGUAUCCACAAAAUAGGUUGGCACUGACUAUAUCUCUGUGCUUGAUGGUGAAUAAAGUCAGCUGUGCAGUAUUUAUAGUCCAUGUAUAAUACAUCUCUUAAUCUCCUAAUAAAUUUGACCUUUAACCACAAAUCCAUUUUGUGGUGCCUAUUUUAAA